AUGGCAUCUCCGGUCCUCCCAACUAUCCAGUACACGCCCGUGGAGGAUAUCCCGGCUCGUGUCAAGAAUGUUCGAACUACCUUUUUCGAGCACAAGACUCGUCCGAUCGAGUUUCGCAUCCAGCAGCUGCGAAAGCUGUACUGGGCAAUCAAGGACCGGGAGCAUUUGAUGACGGAAGCCCUUAAGCGCGACUUGAACAGGCCGGAAUACGAAUCCUACGUCGGAGAGCUUGUGAUGAUUCUCAAUGAUAUCAUCUUCGUGACGAACAACUUGCCAAAGUGGGCUAAGGAUGAGAAGGCCGCUGAUAUCGAUCUCACCUUUGCAUUGAUGAAGCCAACGAUUAGAAAGGAUCCAUUGGGAUGUGUUCUGGUCAUCGGAGCUUUCAAUUUCCCUUUCCUCCUUACGUUCGGUCCAGUGAUCGGGGCAAUUGCUGCUGGUAAUACUGUCGUUAUCAAGCCAAGUGAAGUUUCGCCGAACUGCGCCGCUGUUACCCAGGAAAUCAUUGAAGCUGCUCUGGACCCCUCUUGUGUGUCUGUUAUCCAGGGAAGCAUCCCGGAAACAAAGGCCCUACUCGCCGAAAGAUGGGACAAGAUCUGCUUCACUGGUAGCUCCAGAGUUGGCCGCAUCGUCGCCCAAGCGGCAGCUCCACACCUAACGCCUGUCUUGCUCGAGCUGGGCGGACGUAACCCUGCGUUUGUUACGAAGCGCGCAGAUUUGAGACUUGCUGCUCGACGUUUGCUAUGGGGAAAGACAUUCAAUGCUGGUCAAAUCUGUCUCUCGCAGAAUUACAUCCUCGUUGACAAGGAGGUUGUUGAUCAACUAGUUGUUGAGUUUGAGAAGGCCAUCAAGGAGUAUUAUCCAAAUGGAGCAAAGGCAUCGCCUGAUUACUGCCGUAUCAUCAAUGAUGGUGCUUUCAAGCGCAUCAAGGAGAUGAUCGAUAACACCAAGGGAAAGAUAUUACUAGGAGGAUCGAUGGACGAGAAAGAGAAAUACAUCGAACCUACCGUUGUGCUUGUCAACUCUACUGAUGAUUCCCUGGUAUCAGAGGAGAGCUUUGGACCGAUCAUUACCCUCCUGCCCGUGUCCGACUUGGACGAGGCAAUCAGAAUUGCAAAUGAUGUCGACGGAACACCAUUGGGCGUUUAUCCAUUUGGAACCAAAGACGAGACCGCAAAAGUCCUCGCAUCCGUUCGCUCUGGCGGUGCCUCCAUAAACGAUUCGUUCAUGCACGCUUCCAUCCCAACUCUUCCAUUCGGUGGUGUUGGUGAGAGCGGAUCCGGUGCCUACCAUGGCCGUAGCAGCUUCGAUGCUUUCACGCACAACCGCUCAGUCACUACAACUCCUGGCUGGGUUGAGCGUGUCCUAUCUCUCCGCUAUCCUCCCUAUACUGGCAAGCUUAACAAAUACAGAGCGGCCAGUCUACACACCCCGAACUUCAAUCGUGCUGGACAGACCACAUACGGGUUAUUCGGCUGGAUUACCUGGAUUGUUACUUUGGGAGGCGGAGCAAACAAGACAGGCGCUGCCAGGACUGCUGCUACUGUGCUUGUGGCAAUCGCUAUACAGCAAUACAUCAAACGAGGCGCCAAACUCUAA